AGACUUGACCUGCUGGCAUUCAUCGCAAGAGAAACAGGAGACACAGGAGAAAUUUGUACCGGUGGCAGUGAGUGAGAAGUAGGUGGCGCUGGGCCUCGUAGAGAACGCGCGCUGCCUGCAAACAUGUUGUUGAAGCAGUCUUGUUCCCAAACCUUUACUGCAGUUGAGCAGCAGGAAGGACUCGAGCGACAGAGAUAUUUUCCUUGCAGGAUACGAGACCUGUUCGUUGACCAUGUUAUGUAGAACAAUUUCGACGCAGCCUGUCCUGGCGCAGUUUCGAAAGAGCUUCGGAAUCUGGUUGCCCUUCCAACGCGAGCCGCUAGACGGUUUCGGCAACGCGACUCUUUGGCCAUCAACACCAACGAAUUGAAUUGAUUCUCAUCCUUAGACAGCCUCGACCACUGCCAUCUGACGUCGACUGCAACACCUUGUUAUUCGUGUGGUGUUGAAUUGAUUCCUCUGUACUGCUACAGAUUCUAUUGCUUCUCUCAUGGUCUCUUGUUCCUCGAUCUCUUCGCAAACGCCCGGAGGUAAACAACAACAACCAUGGCUUCCUCCGGCGGUGCUUCCUCAAUUUCAGUCACAGUUCGAGUCAGACCAUUCACAAUCAGAGAAGCUGCGCAGUUGACCAAAUGUGACGACACGACAAUCUUUCUCGGUGACGGUUCCCUUGCCGCUGCACCUACACCGAAGCUCUUUCAAAAAGGCAUCCGACCAGUCAUCAAAGUGGUAGACGACAAGUGCUUAGUAUUUGACCCUCCUGAAGACAAUCCUGUGCAGAAAUUCUCUCGAUCGGUGGUUCCCACCGGUAAGCGAGUAAAAGACCAGACCUUCGGCUUCGACAGAAUCUUCGACGAAAAUGCGUCCCAAGGAGAGGUGUACGAGUCGACUACAAAACCACUGCUGGACAGUGUUUUGGAUGGGUACAACGCCACUGUUUUCGCCUACGGUGCAACUGGUUGCGGAAAGACACACACAAUCACUGGCACUGUUCAGCAGCCUGGCAUCAUCUUUCUCACCAUGCAAGAACUGUUUGAAAGAGUGGCCGAGCUGGCUUCCGACAAAGUCACAGAUAUUUCACUCUCUUACCUCGAGAUCUACAACGAAACAAUCCGUGAUCUCCUUGUCCCAGGCAGCGGAAGAGGAGGGCUCAUGCUGAGAGAAGAUGCCAACCAGACAGUAUCUGUCGCUGGACUUUCCAGUCACCACCCACAAAACGUUGAAGAGGUCAUGGAUAUGAUCAUGAAGGGAAAUGAGAUGCGAACAAUGUCACCGACGGAAGCCAACGCAACUUCAUCCCGCUCACACGCUGUGCUCCAGAUCAACGUGGCGCAAAAAGACAGGAAUGCGAGCGUAGAAGAGCCUCACACGAUGGCCACUUUAAGCAUCAUCGACUUGGCAGGCAGCGAGCGAGCGAGCGCCACCAAGAAUAGAGGAGAACGUCUACUCGAAGGAGCCAACAUCAACAAAUCUCUCCUUGCUCUUGGCAGCUGCAUCAACGCUCUUUGUGACCCUCGCAAGCGCAAUCAUGUUCCAUACCGGAAUUCAAAGCUCACUCGACUUCUUAAAUUUUCCCUUGGCGGGAACUGCAAGACUGUCAUGAUUGUCUGCGUCAGUCCUUCAAGCGCACACUUUGACGAAACUCAGAACACUCUUAGAUAUGCCAACCGCGCUAAGAACAUCCAGACCAAGGUUACCCGCAAUGUGUACAACGUGAACCGCCAUGUCAAGGACUUUUUGGUUAAGAUUGACGAGCAGAUGGCACUGAUUAAUGAGCUGAAAGCGCAGCAAAAAGACUACGAAGCGGUCGCGUUCGCCAAAUUCAAGAAGCAGAAUGAGAAGAAAGAGACGAUAGCAAGAGAAGGUGUCCAGAGAAUCAGGAGUGCAUAUGAACAUUCUUCACCAGAGAGACAAGAACGAACCAAUAACAUGAUUAAGCUCAAGCAGCUCGGUCGACGCAUUGCAAUGUUGUCGGCGUGGAUGAACGCCUUUGAUAGCGUAUGUGAUAGUCUGGAUGAUGAAGAACCGAUGAAGAACAUGCAGGUUGUGAGGAAAACUGCCCAAGGCAUAAUCAUGGAAUUGGAGAGUGGCCGACACCAUUGCCAACAGAAAGUGGUGAAGAGCACAUGGGAUCGAGCAAUGAACACAGCGCUGGAGCAUUCUCUGAAACAACUCAAGGAAGUCGACACUGGUGACAUGAUUGACUCCGAGACCCUAAGACGCGAAGUGGAAAUGCUGAAAUUGACUGCUGAGAGAGAAACCCUUGCUGCUGUCAACGAAUCAGAUAAGGCCGGCGAUGCAGCAACAAUCCAGGUCCUGCUUCAGGCUCACUUUGAGACAAUCUCUGCCAUCGAAAUCUUGAACAGAAUGAGCGUCGAUGAAGCAGUUGAAGCGGCAACCCAGAUCCUCGGCAAGAUGCUCAAUUCGUCUUCCAGUGCGGCCUCAUAUAUUGUCAAACCCGAUGGCAGUCUCGCUCCUGUUGAGGCUUUCGCACCUACUAAGGCUGGUACUCCGAAGCGACGAAAGCAGAAUCCGAGCAACACCAUCCUUGAGAAUAGCCCGAUUCGGCCCAAAGCCGCUGCCGUCGUUGCUCCUCACGUCAUGCACUCUCCAGCAAAGGCUUCGCCAAAACGACGAGGACUGUUUGGUAGCGCUAAGAAGGGUGUCUCCUUCACGCCAAAGAAGAGGAAGUCUCCUAUGAAGGUGAAACGAGCAGUGAGAUGGCGAGACGAUACUGCAGAUGGGACCCUGGCCGAAUUCGAGAAGACACCACAGAAAUUUGUAUCUUCUUCGCCUGAAGAGUCUACCACCGAGAUCACCGUUCCUCAAGUGUCCAACCUCGCUGCAUCAUUUGCACAGGCUCAAAACCAGUCACCUGGAUCUUCACCUAUCCCUCCACCACCCGAGUCGAGCCUCGGUAAGAGCAGUCGCUUCCAAGCAGGAUUCCUGUCCAAGAAAUAUGACGGCUCACCGAUGGCUUCUCUGCCUCCUCCAAAGAUGACGUCGCUUUCAUCUUCAGACAGUGAGCCAUCCCCUCUUCGUGAGAUUGAUCCUAGCAAAGCGGCGAACCGACGUUCAAUGACACCAAUGACCUUCGAGAAACCUUCCCUGGGCGCGUGCCCCGACAAUGCUAGCAAUUCGUCAUCUGAUACCGAAAAUCACAGCAACUCUGACAAGGACGAUGCUAUGAGAAUUCGCGAUGCAGUCAAGCGUUCAAGCUCAGUACGACGAUCGGGCAUCGGCUCCCGCACUCAGCGUCGUCGGUCUCCCACUGCUGCAACAGCUAUCUCCGGAUCACCACCCAACGACAGCAUGUUCGCUGCCGGCCAUGUUAGGAGGAUGGUCAUGGGCAAGAACGAGAAAGAGAAUGACUGGAAGGUUGGCGUGUUGAGUCCGCGAGUAUCAGGGGUGGUCAGUCACUCGAAGAGUCUGGGAAUGAACCCAGCAAGACGGACAACAAUGAGCGGUGAUGUACGAUCGACUCCGAGCACAGGUGAUCGGAAUGCCGUGAGAAUGGGAUCGGCUUCGAGAGGAAGUCUGAUGCCUAAUGGGAAGGCAGUCUGGCGUUGAAGGCUAAAAAGUACACUGAAAUUAUUGCUCUUAGAGGGUUUGCAUUUUUCGGUGCUCCAAGGCUUUGGGACAAGGUCAGGAAAACUUGUUUUGCUGGAUGGCAUGGCUGGCUCGGGGACGGUAUCUGUCGGAGUUGUGGUCUCUGCACAAUAUCAGGAUGGCACAAAUCCAAAGUGCGGUUUUAGGGGCUUUGUAAUUAGCAUCGGUCUGACGUUGCUGGAUUCCGAGAAGAGCGUUAUGAUUAACGAUAUGAGUUCAUACAAUUCUGCUCAACAAGGGCAAUAUUCUUU